UGUAUAUGAAGUAUUGCUGUAAUCCUGCAUCAUAUGACGAACAGAUAAGUAACAUUACAGAAACUGCCAAGCUGAAAAUUAUGGAUGCAGUCAUAUAUACCAAGUUGAUACUGAUUCUGUUUAGCAGCAAUUUUCUGGAUAUUAACAAUGCCACACCUAGAAACUUUCAAUUGGAAUUCCCCUGUUCAACGUUCUACAAGAAAGGAGAACUUAAAAUUGAUUGUUCUCAUAAAAAUCUGAGAUACAUUCCUGAUUUACCAUCGAACACAGUCUAUCUAAAUUUAAAACAUAACCUCAUAAUCCAAAUACCAAACAAUACUUUUGAACACAUGACUGAUCUAAAGGUACUAGACCUACCAUUCAACAAGCUACAGUCAAUGAAUGACUAGACAUUCAAUGGACUUGGAAACCUGAAGCAUCUUAAAUUGAACAAGAACAAGUUGACAGGUGAAAUGCUAAAUAAAAGCUUCAAAUAUAUGACCUGUCUUACCCAUCUGGAUCUAUCAUUCAAUAUGUUACAGAGAAUAAAUGAGCAGACAUUUAUUGGACUUCAAAACCUGCAAAAUCUUCAGCUGAAUAAUAAUAUACUUUAUUAUAGUAUACUGAACUUUCCACCAGGAAGUUUUAAACCUUUGGAAUCGGUCACAAGGCUUUCUUUUCAAAACAACAAUUUUAUGCCAAAAAUAUUUCUUAGUCGAACUACUGUUUUUCCAGAUAAAACAAUUUCUGAUUUAACAAUGCUAGAAAUUUUAGAACUGGACAGUAAUACAGGUUUUGGUGAUAAAGCAAUUUUUGGGAAAGGGUUCUCCUCACUUAAAAAUCUUUAUUUACUCAAUGCUUAUUACUGUGAAACGUUUAUUCUAGAAAGUGACACGUUCCAGUACACACCAAAUUUAACACAUGUAUACUUCAACCAUUGUUCGCUUAAAGUAUACAGAAAACAUGAUGAAUUUUCAAAAUUAAUGAAGCUGAAAGUAUUACAACUAAAUGGAUGGUAUUCAUAUAGUCCAGAUAUACAUGAAGAUGAGAGACUGCUUGCUUUAAUUUCUGGUUUGUCAAAUACAACCAUUGAAAUACUGAAAAUGCAUUAUCUUUUCAAUUCAUUUUACUCAGUCUCUCUUUCAAACAUAAUGAAUAAUAUAAGUGUUGAAUUGAACAAAGCACCUAUUCAAGAUCUGCAUUUUACAAAUAAUUCAAACGUACAGUUUAAUGAAAGGGACAUGCCUGUAAAAGUGCAACCUAGCCUUAGAACUCUUAAUCUAGGUGAUAAUUCUUUGAACGCAUUAAAACUUAACAUCAAACAAGUCACAUUCUUACAUUUAGAAAAUAACAGACUUGGAAAUUAUCUGGCAAAUAAUAGCCUCUGGAUACAAGAGAAUAAACUGGAAUAUAUAAGUCUGUCGAACAACUCUAUUUACAAACUUCACACUACAAUCUUCGAAGGACAAAAGUACCUCAGAGUUAUUGAUUUAAGAUUUAAUUUUCUGAAAGAUAUUAAUUUUGAUAUGACUUCUCUUGUGAAUUUAGAGAUUUUGAAUGUCAAAAACAAUAAAAUAAAAUUUUUGAGUGACCAAUCAAUAAAGGAGCUAGACAAAGUUUUUAAGAACAAUGUCAAUGCAAGGAUUGACCUCAGUAAUAACCCUCUUCAGUGUAGCUGUUUUACAUUUCCAUUUUUGAACUGGAUGAGGCUUGGUCAUAAGCAUUUUACCAAUUUUAUGCAGUUCAGAUCUUCAUUUGAAAAUGGAACUUUUUCAAUUCCUAAUUCAUUUGAAGAUGUAAUACUUAAUCUACAGAGAGAUUGUACGAAUCAAUUUUAUUUGAUAAUAAGUGUGUCAUUUACUGUUUUGGCUUUUAAAGCAGUAUUAUCAGCAGCAAUUAUUUACAGACACAGAUGGAAACUGUGUUACUUAUUUUACACAGCAAAAUUAAAGUAUACAUCUCACAGGAACAUGGAAGAAAAUUUGAAUGAAUAUGUUUACGAUGCUUUUAUUUCUUAUUCUGAAAAUGAUUGUAAAUUUGUUAUAGGAGAAUGCAUCAAAAAUCUUGAAGAAAAUGAAAAUAUGAAAUUAUGCAUACAUCAGAGAGAUUUCAUACCAGGAGAAGAGAUAACACAAAAUAUCAUCAGUGCUAUUCAAAACAGCCAGAAAACUAUAUGCAUAAUUAGCCGAUCUUUUCUUGAGUCUUAUUACUGUAUGUUUGAAUUCAACAUGGCAAGAAUGGAAAGUAUUCAUUCAAGGAAUGGAAAAAAUGUGUUAUUUCUCGUAUUUUAUGAGAAGUUGCUACCAGAGGAGUUGCCUCUGGUAUUAUAUGAACUAAUACAGAAACAGUCGUACAUUGAAUACCCCAAUGAUGAGCAUGGCAAUGUCAUUUUUUGGGACAAGGUUAAAGAUGCUAUACAUGCAUAAUUCUUCAGAUUUAUGCUCUUAUAAUAUACUAGAUAAUGGAGUGUGUGUCCGAGCGAUCUCUUUGACAUAUUCCCCAUUUCCAUUCUCAAUUUUAUAAUUGUAAAAUAUAUUUUUGAGAAGAAAAAUGUGUACGUUUUAGUUCGUAACAUAUUGUAUAGAUAUUGUCAUCGAGUUUUGUUGAAACCACUUUGUUGACCACUGGAUGUAUUUUUUUAUUUUUAUAAUUGGGUUGCUGUCAGUAAUAUGUAUAUCCUUGUUUGCACCAUAUUCAUAAAUACACUUUACAUUUAUCUUAAGUACAAGAAUAAGGAAAAAUUUAAUGCAAUUAAAAAACAUACAAGGCAAAGUGAUGAAAAUGAAACAUCUUAAAUAGGGAUAUCAGAAAAUAACCAUUAAGGCUAUUGGAAAAAAAUCCCUACAGAAUGUUUUUAUAUAUGAGCUGAGAACUUUCUUACCAAUGAAUUUUUCUGUUAUAUAGUCUGUCAAACCAAUGUACUUUUAUGCUUCCACAAUUUUACCUGUGACUUUGUAGUGUUUGAUAUGAUUGUAUGGGGAAGGUUAAAAACUCUUUUUAACUACACUAACUCAAUCACCAGUAUGUGGGGACAGUGCCUGCGGUGAGCCAAUAACUUCAUCAGUGUUUGUUGUUGUCUAUCAAAGAAUAUUGUGAACGUGUCAGAUCUUUUGUAGUAUGUCAAAAUUCAAUUACACUUUUGACAGACUCUGCAUGAAUAACAUGAAAAAGCACCAUUUUUUGACAACCUUGUGGUGACCACUUGAUUUCUAGUUUUAGAUUGAUCUAAAUUAGUAAACUUAUCCCUCAUAUUCACCUUUCUUUAUACGAUUAACACUUAUGCAAUGAUAAAACGGGAUAUGGGUUUCGCAAAAAUGAAAAUUCACAUUUUAAUUUUGAUAGCAUUAUUUGUAUACAGCAUGUAACCUGAAAUCAUUAUAAUGAAUCACACAUUUUUAUCUUUUGUUCAACAAUUGCGAUGAUAAAUGCAUGCCAAAAUUUCUGAAUUUACAGUUAUUCUGGUAAAACACACUAAUUCAAAUGACAUCACCUAUUAUUUAAAUAGCUGUUGGUAAUUUUUAUAAAAUUGUAAAAGAUGGUUGACACAUGUAAGGUUUCUAUUGCAAAACUCAGCGAUACUUAAUUUACAGUGUAUAAAAUCUUUAUUUUCUUGUAAAUUAAAAGCCAAAGUUUACAGAGUCAAAUACACUACAGUUCAGGUGGAUUUUACUUUCUCCACCUGCCCACGGUGGGAAGCCCACUAAAAUUAAAUCUAAAAUUUUGUAAAAACAUUGAAUACAAUAGCUUUUCUAAUUUUUUCAAAAAGAAAUGGCAAGUCCACUCUGAAGGAUUGGCACUGGGGACAUCUAGAAUUGUGCCCACUCUCAACAUGGGCAGGUGGAAAUGGAAAAUAUGUGGAGCACAAAUUAGAAGACCAAAAGGAGAAUAGCCAAAAUAUUAAGUCAACUUUGCCCAAAGAGGAAAUAUACCAACCUAAAAACCUUUUUACCACAAGUAUUGUAUUUGAUGUAGUUCUGCAUGAUCCAUUCAAAAAUAAAUGUUGUUAUUCUUUUAUUAAAAAGACAAAUGUGA